AUGCGCCUCCUCCACGCGGUGGUGUUGGGUAGCGCUGCUUUGGCGUAUGCGGCGCAGCCCGACGCAGACACGCUCUAUCAGGAAGGGCUUGCAGAACUGAGGACUCUGCUUCUUGAUACAGAGUACCAUCCUGUCCAGAAAAGCGGCUGGGUCGCGUAUACGUCGCAGUAUAUUCACAAUUGGGUUGCUGCGCACGACGGGGUCUAUGCUCCUCACGGUGACAGGCGCGUAUAUACGGGCCCAGUACGAUGGGCAGUAGCACGUAUAUUGGAUGUACUUUGGAAAGAGCAUGAACCGCAGCGGCGCGCGGCGCGUACAGUGUACGACGCGCCAGCCACGGUGCUUUGGCCCGAGUGGGAAUGGAACGCGGCGAUGGCUGCGCACGCGAAUGCGGCGCGACCGAGUACCGCAGUGCACAAUGGAUGGGAGCAGGUUGUAUGGGGCCCAUUUUGUAUGCCGAUCGAUCCCCCAGAUGCGCCACAUGCCGCACUGUACGACAUUCAGGCAGCCUACCCUCGAAAAGACGCAUUGUGGCAUCUCGUUGCGCGGUAUGCACCGACGGCCGCAUCCUUCUUCCAACAUCACGAUGCACAGCACGAAGCAGCACGCGCGAGGCGCGCUGAUGCGAUCCACAAAAUCGCCUUGGCGGCGCUUGAGCACGCACACCCAGAUGCGCUAUGGGUACUUGCCGAGCAUUCUCUUUGGGGAACACACGGCGCACAGCCCGCUAUACCACGCGCGAUUGACGCAUAUACCAAGCUCGCCGAGAUGGGUAAUGCAAGUGCACAUGCACGGCUAGGAUUCCUGUACAAUAGCGCGUAUAUGCAUGCCGUGUAUAAUACGCCCGUCUCCCCAAGCGCGACAUUGCUCCAUCUCCACGCGGCUGCCUCACAAGGGAAUCGCCAUGCACAACUUGCGCUUGGAUAUAAGUAUGCGCAUGGCCUCGGCACGCCAAAGAACUGCACGACAGCUUUGCAUUGGUACCAUACCCAAGCACGUCACGUUUUUACACUGUCCAAAGCUACGAUUGGUGGGCGCAGGUUGCCGUAUUCUAAGAAUCGGCUUGCAGACAUGCAUCGGCUCAUGACGUGGGAUCUGCACUGGGACGAAGAGUUUGGUGCAACAGCACAUCUGUCGCCAGGAGCGUCGCACUGCUUGAGCGACACGGCACUCCUCGAUAAUUUCCUAAGCCAGUACCCUCGUGCGUGUCAAUCUCCUGCAGCAUCGCUCAGCGCGCUGGACCGACUUGAAUACAUUGCAAUGCAGGGGAACCAUCAAAUGCAGCUCUUCUUGGCUUAUACAUUGUACCAAGGUAGUCUUGUCGCAGAGAGCGAGUCGUACGGCGCUGUGCCGCGAGAUCUGCAGGGAGCGCUACGUUGGGCAUUGCUCGCGGCGCGGCGCGUAUGGAAGACGCCUGUGGCAAAGGUUGGACUUCCCGACACGUUCGGUGCGCCGUUGGUGGAAGAGAUGCAGCCACAUUCAGAGACAGAAGCCGGCUGUGCGGUACAGGCCGCACGCUUACUUGGGUACAUGUACUUGCGCGGAGAAGGCACGAAACCUGAUAUGCGCGCUGCCUACAUUUGGUUUUCCCGUGCGUUUCACCGAGAUGCGAGCCACCGGUCCGGGCAGCAUGGUCUAGGAUUGCUGGCCAGGCUUGGCGUGCCAGGCUUGGCUGCAAAUGAAACAUUUGCAACACACUUGUUCGAAAAAGGGCAAGAGGUAGAGUCGGUGUUGGAGCACAUCAAAGGCCUAGGCCAUGCACGGCAAGAGGUGUCGGAGAGCUGGUUGAUGGUCUUGGAGCAUCGUCUCUUUGGCAAAACAGACUCAGACUCUCCGAUGGCGACUAGUUACCUCGAACCACUCUACCUGUAUGCAACUGUCAUGGUCUACAAAAACAAUUUUGCACCGUGCUAUACAAAAGCACGCGCCAUGUUCCAGCUUGUCGCAGAGAUGGGCGACUGGGAAGAUCCUGUAUUUCACCGUGCAGAUGCCGCAUACGAACGUGGCGAUCUGUACAGGGCGUCGCUUGGCUGGGCACUCGCUGCUGAUGCCGGCAUCGAAGAGGCACAGCACAAUCUUGCGUACCUGCUCGAUCCAUUUAUACAUGCACAAGCACCGCAAAGCGAUGCCGCGUUGCAGUACUGGGCACAAUCUAGCUUGCGGUACCGCUGGUAUUCGGAAAAAGAUUGGUACGCACAGUUGCGGGUUUGCCAGCAUUUGGCGCUUCGCAGCAAUUGGUCCGCAUCUGCGUGCUACAAGGAACUGGCGGGGUAUGGUAUUACUGAAGCGUACUGGCACCUUGGCCGGAUGUACGAGCAAGGCCUGCGCACAAAGCGCAAUUUUGCUUUGGCACUCUUUUCUUUCCGACAGGCUGCUGUAACAUUGGUAAAUACCAAUGCUGCGUACCUUGGCAAUACAGUGUCCAUGAUUUGGCUGCAUUUUCAUGCACUUUACGCAUGGCUUUGGCAACGCGAUGUCUCCGCUCGGGCCAUGUUGGCAACGUACUUUGGAGAAAAACCAAUGGCUUGGCAUAGUGCGCCUGCGAGCUCAUUUGUUGCGCCGUGGUGGCUUGACUACUUUCUCGAUGCAAUCUUUUUCAGUGCCGCUGUAGUGGCACUGUUUAUCCUGUACUUGCGUCGUGAUCAAGUGCAGCAGCGCAUCCAUCGCGGUGUAAGGCCGAUGAGAGCGCGCCUAUAA